AGUCUCGCGAGAGAGAAGUCCUACAGAAUUUCACAUUCAUUAUUAUCUGCGACCGGUCCAGUCAGUCUUAACUGCGUCGUCGGUCAGGUAAAGUAGCAGCAGUCCGCGUCAAAGGUGAAUACGCGCCACAGAAAAAACACCGACUCCGUACACCGUUCGAGUGACAUGUGAUGACAUUCGAUCCCGUGGUACAUUUUGUGCGAUCCGGAUCCGAAGGACCAAAAGAGACGAAUCGGAAUUAACACGUUAACUUUUUCGCUAUUCUAAAAUAGGUAUCCAACGGGACUUCGAAUGGAAGUUCUCUUAUAUGAAUAUCUUCUGUAACAGUAGAUACCUUCAUGGAAUUUGAGGCAUCCUCGUCCAUCCGGUGUUUGGGCAGAUUGAAAAAGUCAGGAAAGACCAGAUUUGCGAAACAGAUGGUCACCUAAAAUGGAUUUGAAUUAUAAGUUAGCGCGAUGUCAAAACCGGUUGGCGCUUCACCAAUGUCUGGCGAUUGUUUUGAGGAAGGAGGGUUGCCAAGGUGAUCCCGGAGAUUUUUGGAUGUACGAAAAUGGUUAUCCACUAUUUCAGGGUCUACUAUCUGCAAACGCAGUGUGUUGGUGGAAUACCAGCUUGAGUAGCGCUACAAAAACUCUGGAAUACAAGGGAUACGUCAACCCAGGUGCUCUGCUCGUAGGUUCAGAACCAUGCUCAUUGGAGAUCCUGAGGAAUGCUUGGGCAAGAAGAGUGUUGCAGCCUCCCCAAGGAUACCAGAUAGUAGCUUUAGAAGAGAUCGAGGGCUGCUACGUCAAGCCCAUCACCCAAACGCAAUGGACGCCGUUGCCAGAGGCGGUUUGCGCAGUCGUCCUAAGGUUGUCCAGUCAAGGAAAGCCUGCAGGCAUCGAAACGAUACGCGAGUCUUUGUACAUGGUUUUUCCACAUGUUUCGCCGCCAAGCGAGCAAGUUUUGUACGAUACCCUUGCGCAACUCAGCGCUGAGAAGAAAUUGUACCACACGGCCAAUGGAUACUUCAUUGUGACGCCAGAAAAGCGACGAUCUAGAAGCCUUUCCAGAGGAGGCAAGAGAAAAACGAUAGAUGAUAGUCAUAGUAAAAGCUUGCUACUAAGCACGGAAGAAGCGAUAGCAAUAGUACACGGGGAAAUGUCAACAAUUAGGGAUGGUAAUAUCACGCACCAAUGCAUUCAAACCAAUCUAGCCGAUGUUAUAAGUGGAGGAAAUUCAAGUGAUAAAAUCCUGUAUGCCAGACCUGGUAAAUAUCACUCGAUCCAUUCUGGAAGGAACCAAGGUGGAAGGAGCUCGUUCAAGCUGUGGUCUUCAAGCAGAAGAAUAAGAAGAUCAGCCUCAACGCGUACUCUGGCUAAACAUUACCACGAUACUAGUAGUAGCACAGAUGGUCCACAUAGCGAUACUUCUCCUACUCCAAAGAAAAGUUCCCUAUUCUCAAGAAUAUUCAGGAAGUCCAAACGAUCGCAGUGCCAGCUUCAGCAGAACCUGAAUGGCCAAUAUCCACCGUCAGAAUGGUUCAAUUCCAAAGCAGUUCAUUUACAUAAUAUCGGAACGCAAACGUUGUGUGAAACGGAGUCAAUAUUGCCAUACGACACCUACGAAAGCAGCCUACCACGCUCGGCCACGCUACCUCGAAGACAACGAAGAUGCCUCUCCGGCGACCUCACCUACAUGUCCUCCUACGCCUCCAGAGAAAACUCUCCCAUCUCCAAAUCAGCAACAAACACCCUGCCCAGCACGCCCAUCAAAUACAGUUCGAGAAGCAGAGACAGCUCGCGCAAAACAAGCAGAUUAAGCCUCCACAAAACCUCUAGCAUCCAAGAAGACAACGAGAAGAAAGAACCCAGCGCUGCCGCCACCAAAAGUGAACCUUCUAGUGAACAAUCAGACAGUCGGACGUUAGUUUCUGGUGAAAACAGUCGUAGUCCAUCGAACGCCAACAAAAAGAGCUCGAUCCAAGUGGAUAACAGCGGACCGUCGAGCAUAGAGUCGCAUCGAAGCUCCAGAACUGCAAGUUCUAUCGGUAGUGGGCCAUCGAGUGUCGAGUCUCACAAAACAGUGAUCCCUAAUAAUUCUCUAGUGACUCCGAAGGCUUCACCUUCGAAAAGUUCGCCUAAAAAGGACCUCAAGGCCAAAUUACCAAAGACGGUCGGUAGCGCUAUGCCUCAAAGCAGUUCUUUCGUCUUGGAGGUGACUACGAGCCAGGGUAACUCAGUGUCCAGCUCCAAGACUAACACCAAGACCACUGCUACCAUCAACAACGUUACUAAUGCAGGGAACACCAAGAUCUUCGUGCAAAACUCACCGGUGAGGUCGGUGAUAACGUUCAAAAAUGGUCAAAGCGAUCCGAACCCUAACCUUGUUAUAAUCAACGGUACCGAGCCUAAGAGUCCAGAAAUUGAACUGUCUUCUUCUUCCAAAAACACCAACCAUCUGAAAGAUCCCACCACGAAUUUGAACAACUCGAAAGACAACGCCAACUGCGAUAACGCUAAAGAUGUCCAGUUCAACACGAUGAACAACAACCGGAAGUUAUCUCUUCAACUGCCCUCCAAGGAGAGUUUGAGCUACAACAACUUAAUCAAAAACCUGUCCAGCAAGUUCCCCACCAACUCUACUUCAGAUUCUCCUAUAAACAACUCGUACAAAGACUUCUCGAAGAACUGUAUAUACCUAAGCACGCCUCCUAGUCCUACAAAAACAUCAGAUUCUUUUCCGUCUCCGGGUAACGUCUACAUAGAAAACGAGCUGGACCAGCAGAAGACGCUGGAGUCGCAGAAGGUCGAGAAGAACCUUCUCGGUUCAGAGCCGAACAUUUACACGAAAGACAAGGCCUUCUCGAAGAACGGAUCUAUCGAAACGUGUCCAAGUCUGAACGAUCUGAGCUUCAAUUUUACCAGCUUGGCCGCGCAGAAGAUCCUCAAAGGUGUCAGUAUUAACAGUGUAGAUACGUUGGUUGAGUUGAGCAUGGCCAAUGGGGAGAAACAGAAUAACUGUGAUGUGGUUCACACUGAUUUCGGGAUAUUCUGAGAGAUACGGAUCUUGUUAUCUCUUCUUUUAGGGCGGUGUUGUCGGAUUUUGGCAGGAAUGAACAGUGGAUUCUGAAUGGUGGUAGACGAAGACAAAUCUUAAAGUCGAAAAACCUUGUCAAACACUGAGUGAUUUUUUCGAGAACUCAGACAAAUUGCCUCUGAGUCCAACAAAGGUAGAAAAGUUUUACAUUUCAGACCAUUCCAAACAACUUUCGUGUAUUGUCUGUCUGUGUGUCCGCAAAACUUUGUAACAUCCUUAACUUCAGCAUUUCUUAUACGAUUUUGAUGAAAUUUGGUAUGGGUGUCUUGUUUGGCCUGUUUAUAGUCUCAAAUGAGUCUCAGCUCUUAAAGAUACAGGGUGUUUGCACAAACUUGAAAUUCCUGAAGUCUCCAUAUCUUGCGUUCUACUACUCUUAUUUUGAUUAAAUAAGGAAUGAAUAUUUGGAAUAUUGCGUUAGAGCUUCCAUAGGAAUUUCAGUUCUCUCGAAUACGGGGUGCGCGUUGUAUGAACACAUAUGUGAAAUUCCUAGGAAUUCAAUAUAUUUGUUUCAGAGAAAUAAUGGAUAGGCAUUACUCAUGAAUAAAAAAAAUUUGGAAAAAAAUUAUUAGAAAAAUAAAGAUUUUUUGAAAAAAAAUUGGAAAUUCGACUCCUGGUUUUCUUCAACUAUCAUCAUGUAGAAUCUGUAGUUCAUUCCUAUUGAAAAUAAUGUCGAUUCUACGCACAACCACAAAAAAAAAACAUUUUCAAACUCUCAAAACGAAUUCAAUAUAAUCGGACUACCGAAAAAAAUUUUGAAGGCUAGUGAUGUCUAGAUGAACAGGAUAAUGAAUUCUAAAAUACAACGAAAAAAUGUUUUCCACAUCUCCGUUUACUAUCAACUUGCUAUAAUUUUCUCGAAAAAAAAAGUAACUAACCAUUAAAUAUAUUUAAAUUAUGAGGUCUUGUGUUUUCAUUCAAAACCUUCAAAGAAGAAAGAUUUUCUUAAUUUAUAGCAAUAUUUUUAGCAGACAAAAAAAACUAAAUAUUGAACUUUCAAGUUUUACUUCAAAUAAGAAGCUCAAAAAAUAGCUUUAAAAUAAUGUGAAUCAAGAAUUUUGUCUAUUUAAAUUUAUUUAUAUUCGGGUAUACCUAUCAAUAAAAAAAUUUCGACAAAUUGUUAUAGACUUCGAAGUGAAAGCGAAACAAACUUGAUUUUGGCAUAUUAUUCUACUAAUUUUUUUUUCGUCCACGAAUAAUGCGAAGAACACAAUCACAUUCCUUUUGAUGAGGUAGUUCCGAAACUAAUAAAGGACUAUUGGGAUCUUAAAGGGAAAUUUAGAAGUUUAUAAGGCACUUACUUGGAUUUUCUUUCUGUACAAUAAAUAUGCACUUAUUAAAAACUGCAUGACCAUUAUAUCCAGUAUCAAAAAUUUCAUUGUGGUGGUGAUGUGAUAUUAGAUUUUAAAGAUUUUAAAAACCAGCCCACUCGUGAAGUACCUCCUAUAAUUAUUCAGCAUCAAAAUCUCAUGACUAACACUCCUCAUGAUUAGUAUAACUUCACUUCCUUCGCCUGUAAUUUGUUUCAACCUAAAACAGAAAAAAUAAAUCACCGAGAAAUAAUUCACAAUACGGGCCUGCUUCUAUCAAUCAUCGGAGAAACACUAUGCUUACUUUCAUGCGAAAGUCAGUUUUAGUUUUUCCAUAGGGCUAUGGUCUAAGUUUCUCCAUAAAACCAGUCUUUUCUUAAGGCAAAUGGGAAGGCACACCAUAUAUCAUUGAUUUAUUGCCAUACAAAUUUUUGUUGACUACUUUAUUGUUUUUGGAAGAAAAACAUGCUUUGAAAAUAUAAUGCUUUGAAUAUGUGCUUUUUAUAUUUAUGUAUUCAUACGUGUUUAAGAUUGCAAAUAUAUUAAUUUUUACUGGACACGCCAUUAUUCUAUACUAAACUGUAUUUGAAACUGUAAAUUGAAAUAUACGUAAAUAAAUAAUGGCUUGGUUAUUAA